AUGGGCGACGAGAAAUAUGAUUAUCAAGCCCAACCCAUCCCCUCGUACGAAGAAGCCACCGGCCAACCCUCCUCCUCUCGAUCCGACCUCGGCGAAGGAACAGAUUUGGAACGACAGGGGCUUCUCGGUCGCGAUCAUGCCUCCACACGAGGCUAUCACCCGCCGACGGUGGAAUCGGCGCGCACCAGUCUCGAUGACCUAGAUUCCUCUGCCUCACACUCUGACCGGGGAUCAACCGAUGAGCUUCGACAGGAACUGGAUCAGAUGGACGUGGAUGACUCCGCGUCUUCAUCCUUGACUGGCCGUUCCCGUCUAGGCCAUCGGUUCUCCAAGCAGCUAUCGAGUCUGACCCGCACGCUAUCCGCCAUCCAACGACCCUUUCAGCGAUAUAUGCCCAGUUUCCGCUUUACGAUAAACCUGGGCGAUGCACGCGCCCGUUUCAAGGACCAGGGCUGUAUCAUGAUGCUACGGCUGUUCGCUCUUUUACUCGUAGUCGCCCUGGUCUAUGUGUUCUUUAUCGCGGAUAUCUUCAACAUCAACAGUCGCAUGGUCAUGGGCACGUCGUACAGUUCGGCGUCAGUCGAGAACUUCAUUCAGGGUCAUAUCAACGAGACGAACAUUGCCGAGAACUUGCGCCGAGUCACCAACUACACUCAUAUUGCCGGGACAGAAGGCAGCUUCGUGCUAUCACAAUGGAUUGAACAGGAGUUCCACAAAGCUGGAUUCGAUGUAGUCUCGCGGGAGGAGUUCCAGGUAUACCUCAACUAUCCACGCCAGGAUGGCAGGAGGGUGGCGAUUAUUGAUCCGCCCAAUCUCGCUUGGGAGGCUAAACUCGAAGAGGACAACGCCAAAGACUUGGUCUUCCAUGGGCAUUCCAAGUCGGGCAAUGCUCUUGCAGAGAAAGGAAUCGAAUUGAAAGGCUCAAUCGCUCUUGUCCGUUAUUACGGGACUGAAACCGAUCGCGCUUUGAAAAUCAAGGCCGCUGAGCUGGCCGGCGCGGCGGGCUGCAUUAUCUACUCCGAUCCCUCUCAGGAUGGAUUCGUCAAGGGCCCGGCUUAUCCCGAAGGCCGGUACAUGCCCAGCGAUGGCGUCCAGAGAGGCGGUGUCAGCAUGAUGUCGCAGGUUGUUGGAGAUGUCCUCAGUCCUGGGUUUGCAUCCACCCCGGGAGAAAAGCAUCGUUUGUCUCCUGAGGAGAGCACUGGGUUACCUAAGAUUCCCAGUCUCCCUCUCGCCUGGCGUGAUGCCCAGCAUCUUUUGCAGGGACUCAAGGGACACGGUUCCAAAGUACCAAAGGAAUGGGUUGGAGGCGUGCCUGAAGUCAAAGAGUGGUGGACUGGAGAUCAAAAUUCUCCUGUCGUUCAUCUGAUGAACUUGCAGGAUGAAGUCGAGCGACAACCUAUCUACAAUAUCCAUGGGAGAAUCCUCGGUAUGGAUGAACGCGACAAGAAGAUCAUCGUUGGCAAUCACCGCGACUCGUGGUGUAUGGGUAGCGUCGACCCCGGAAGUGGCACUGCUGCUUUCCUAGAGGUUGUACGCGCCUUUGGUGAGCUGCUCACCUAUGGGUGGCGCCCGCUUCGCACUAUUGAGUUUGUCAGCUGGGAUGGAGAGGAAUAUAACCUCAUCGGCUCGACAGAGCAUGUCGAGAAUGAGAUAGAGGAGCUGCGUGCCAAUGCCUUCGCGUACUUGAAUGUCGAUGUCGGUGUCUCUGGCUCCAAAUUCCGUGUCUCGGCGUCCCCCGUCUUCGAGCGCAGUGUGAUGCAGAUUCUUGGCCGUCUCUCGGAUCCCUAUGCGAAUGCAACACUCAAAGAUCUCUGGGAGCAAAGGGGCUCAAAGAUUGAGCCACUUGGUGCUGGCAGUGACUAUGUUGCAUUCCAAGAUAUUGCAGGCACCUCAAGCAUUGACUUUGGGUUCGAAGGUGAGGCUUAUCCAUACCAUAGCUGCUACGAGUCAUACGACUGGAUGGUCCAAAAUGCCGACCCCGACUUCCAAUACCACAAAAUCCUGGCUCAGUUCUGGGGGCUUCUUUUGCUUGACCUUUCAGAAAAUCCCAUGCUACCAUUUGACGUGGAGGCUUACGGCAGCUCCGUGACUGGGUGGGUUAAGGACUUGGAUGGAUUCGCCAAAUCAAAGAAGGCUGAGGUCAACAUGGAGCCCAUGUUCAAGGCCGCAGCUGAGCUCCAGGCCAACACUGCACGCUUCCAGUCCUGGAACAAGAUCUGGCACGAUACUGUGUGGGGUUUGGGUGGAUAUGAAAGCAAUGUCAUGGCCGUCCAGCGAGUGAACCACAACGCCCGAAUGGCUAGUCUUGACACCAAUCUGCUUGACCUGGACGAAGGUGGCGGUGUCCCCAACCGCACACAAUUUCGACACGUCAUCUUCGGCCCAGAGCUGUGGUCCGGCUACGACGCGGCCCUCUUCCCUGCUAUUGUGGAUAGUAUCAACACGGGAAAUUGGACACUGACCCAAUACUGGAUCAACCGGGUCGCCAACACCAUUCAUACCGCCAGCGACAAGCUGCUUCACUAA